AUGCCCUCACAAUCAAAUCUGAGAGCUGCUCAGGCCGUUGUUCUUUCACGCCAGCGACUUCGCCGCGGUCUCAAUCGUGAUGCUGCCGGCCGCCGAAAGAAGCCACUGACUCUUCGUGCUGCUGAAGCUCGAUAUGCCAGCUCUGCUCGUGCAUCUAUCGGCCGCAUCGUCAAGAGACUUGAGGCUGCGAAUACCGUAGAUUAUGAGGAUGUUGUCGAUCCUAAGAUGGGGCGCCCGCGGCAACUCACGGAUGAGGAAGAAGAAGCUAUCAGGCAGCUACAGUCGCUCAUCUCGUACGUCAGGUCCGAGUACGAUCAUACGGGCGAGAAACUCUUCCAGGGCAGUAAUGUCUGGGUGUCUCUGGUCGGGAUACUCACAAAAAUGCUUGAGGACCCGAUUUUGAAAGACGUAGUCUUGGUCGUCGACGCCCUUGACGAGUGCAUUACCGAUCGACCCAAGCUUCUUGAUUUCAUCGUCCAAACUUCGUCGAGUUCUUCAUCCCACGUCAAGUGGAUCAUAUCCAGUCGCAACGAGCAAGACAUUCAGGGGGCACUGGACUAUGCAGAGCAGAAAGUGAGGCUACACCUCGAACUGAACCCGGAUUCAAUCUCGAAGGCCGUUGGCACGUACAUUAAAUACAAAGUAGGUCAACUGGCACGCCGAAAGAACUACGAUACGCAAACGAGGGACGCUAUCAGUAAUCAUUUGACCUCCAAUGCCAACGAUACGUUUCUCUGGGUGGCUUUGGUCUGUCAAGAGCUGGCAGAUUCUGAGCUGACCCGAAAACGUCAUACGCUCGCCAAGUUGAAGUCAUUCCCGCCAGGACUUAAUCCCCUCUACAAGCGGAUGAUGGAACAAAUCUCUAAUUCAGAUGAUGCGGACAUUUGUAAGGAGAUACUGGCUACUGCUUCGGUUGUGUACCGACCUAUCACCCUGGAGGAAUUAAAGGUUCUUGCUCCGUCGCUUGAAGACGACGACUACGACGACCUUCCCCAAAUAAUUAGCUCUUGCGGUUCCUUUCUGACACUGCGUGAAGGUGUCAUCUACCUUGUGCACCAAUCAGCCAAGGAGUUCCUGCUCAAUGAGGUAUCCGACCAAGUCCUAACCUAUGGCGAAGUGCACCAGCACCAUGCCAUUUUCUCGAAGUCACUGACGGCUCUGUCGCAAACCACAUUUGUAAACUGA